CACUAUCAAUCUCACCCUUAUUCCCAUGCAGACAUUCAACCGGUUCAGUGUCAGUCUGUGGACCGUGUAAACACACCCUUUUGGAUCCGUUUUUUGUCUGGAUUUACAGUCGGGUUUUCUUUUUGCUCUGCGGCUGCGCCCGGUGUGCGGCGCGUGAAGAGUUGGGUCGGAGAGGACUGCUGUUACCCCACACGCAGGACAAAGAAAACGGGGGGAAAUUAAGGGGGAAAAGACAGAAUAAAAGAGGAAUGAAAAUGGAUAAGUGUUUCCUCACGGUGGUCGUCGGUGUUUUAAUGCUCGGUGGGUGCUCGGCCCGGGUGGUGACGUUGUCUCCGGGUCCUCUAAUUCGGGUGGAGGGUCAACCGCUGUCCAUCAGGUGUGAUGUCACUGAAUACAGCGGGCCUCGGGAGCAGGACUUCGAGUGGAUAAUGACCAGUGAGGCGAACGGGCCGAGGAUAAAGAUAAUCUCCACCUUCGACACCGCCUUCCCCCACGCGUCUCUCAGCAAACGCGUCGCCUCCGGAGACAUCUCGCUGGUGCGCCUAGAGGACAACGAGGUGGAGCUGAAGAUCGCCGAGCUGAAGGCGCUGGAUGCCGGUUUCUACUGGUGUGAAACGCCCAGCACCGACUCCGUCAUCGCCGGAAACUACAAGGCUCAGGUCCAACUCACUGUCAUCCCCAACACCCUCCAGGUCUCCGCGCUGACUCCGCCCCCAAUCGUCUCCGAAGGAAGUGACCUCACCCUCUCCUGCAACGUCACCCGGCAACUCACCUACCCCACCUACCUGUCCGUCACCUGGUCGGUCAAGAGGGGCACCACGUCCGAGGACAUUUUGACAUUUGGCCCUCAGGGCGACGUCGUCACGGGGGUUAAGUACGCCCGACGAUACGCCGACGGAGGCAUCCGAUUGGUCCCAGGGAAGAACGGCGCGUUCGAGCUGGUGAUCUCCAGAGUGAUGACGUCGGAUGAGGGGAUUUACGAGUGCAACGGCACCGAGUGGACGCACGAGGACGGGGGGAAAUGGAUAAAAAUUGUGGAGAGCACCAGAGAGAUGGGAACUGUGGCUGUUACCCCGACAGGUCAGUCCCUCAGCGUGAAGGCUACCUCUUCCUCCUCCUCGUCGUCUCUCCUCCUCACCCCCGGCGAAACGCUGACCCUCCUCUGCUCCGUCGCCUCCGACAACCUCCCCGCCCUCGCCCUGGAGGUGAGCUGGCUGGCGGACGGCCGUGACCUCAUCACCAUGGAGCGCAGCGGGGUGGUGAUCUCCAACACGUCGUCGUCCGGCGGCGCGCCGGGAAACCGCGGCGAGGCGAGCCUGGAGAGGACGGGCAGCGGCGAGUACCGGCUCGCGGUGAGGGGGGUGAGCGGUGAGGACGGGGGCGCGUACACCUGCCGCAUCCGGGCCUUCAUCGAGAAGGGAGGGAGGAGCUCGGGAGGAGGAGGGAGGUGGCACAUGGCGGCGGAGAAAACAUCCAGCCCUGUGACGGUGAAGGUGGCGCAGAUCAAACCGAGCUUCACGGUGAACCUUGAAGCCCUCUUGAACCCCCAGAUGACGGCUGAGCCCACAGAGCUGGCGUGUCAUGUGACCAACAUUACCCAUCUGCCCCUGGGAGGUCGCUUAGGGGUCACCUGGGGUCACACCACACUUCCUGGUUUAGUGGGCGGUCCACAGACCUCAAAUUCCAUUGGCUCCCUGGAUGGCAAAGGCAAUCUGUUGCCAGGAGCGAUUUAUUCUGAUAGGCUGAAGAGCGGCGUGAUGUCACUGACCAGAGUCCAUCCCGACACGUUCAAACUGCGAUUCCUCCGCACGCAGGAGAUCGAUAUGGGCCAGUAUGUUUGCACAGUGUCAGCCUGGAGCGUCAGCAGCCAGGGAGACGUGAUGAACACCGCCCAGGCCGAGAGCGCACCGCUGGUUGUACGAUGGGAUACCAAACGUCCCACUCUGAACGUCGUGGCCAAACGCCUCCGUGAAGCCUCAGUGGGCGGAGCUACGUUUGAGAUGAGCUGCGCCGUGGCCACUGAGAACCUCGGGGAGGCGGGCUACUCUGUGCUCGUCCAAUCACAGGACAGCCUGGAGGGCACCGUGAGGACCAUCAUGACCCUCAGCCCUGAUAACGUCCUGCAGCACGGGGGGGCCACGGACCCCAACAGGAGAGACAGUCUGGUUCUGACGAAGGCCGGUCCGGCAGAGUUUCGGUUCCGCCUGGUGGGCGUCCAGCUGUCCGACCGAGGUUUCUACUGGUGCGUCAUCACGGCCUGGACCAAGCAGCAGCCGGGUCAGGCCUGGACCAGAGCCACCAGCGCCGAGUCCAACAAGGUCAAGAUCGACUUCCAGGAGAACGGCCCCUCCUUCUCCGUGGCCAUCCAAUCGGACACCACCAGUGUGUAUCCGUGGGAAACAGCCAAGAUGGAGUGUUCUCUCAGCGUCUCCGGAUCCUCCCCGAAGACCAGCGCACACACAGACGACCUGGCGUACGAGGUGCGUUGGUUUUUCACGCGGCUGCGCGGCGGACAGACGACGACGCAGGUGGCCAGCGUGGACCGCUUCGGCGUGGUGAGGAAAGACAACCGAAACUCCUCCAGCGACAUUUCCAUCGAGCGCAAAGACACACACACCUACCUGCUGAACAUCCACGGCACUCAGGACAGUGACAGUGGUGAGUAUCACUGUGUCGCCACUCCCUGGUACCUCUCUGCCUCCACGGGAUCCUGGACUCAAGCCGGAGAGCUGACGUCAUCCAGAAUCUUCCUCACAGUCAAAUUCGCUGUGUGGGACUCCCUAAAGUUACCUCUCUUAUAUGGAGUAGCAGCCUCAAUAGGUGUGGGCCUCUUCUCUCUGGUCUUCGGACUGGUCUGUGCCCACUGCUGCUGCCGUAACACCAUGCACACUCCACGCUCGCGCAACAAACUGAUGGACCUGGAGUUGGACUGACACACACUUUCCCCCGCACCUACACACUGCAGCGCUCACAGGAAACCCCACACACACACCAGACACACGCCCAUAGACGAUUUCUGGGACACCAAGUUGUUUCCGAGCGACGGACGUUGGGAGUAAAUGACUUUGGAAACCUGACUUAAAGAGGUGUUUCUUCAGCUCUGCAGUGGAGGAGCAGGGGGGAUUUUUUUAUACAAGCACCGAUGGGACUUCAGUUUCUGUGAAGAUCCAUUUUAAAUCUGUGGCGCUUCCAGUGAUUUUUACACAGAGAUAUUUGCUCCCUCUGUUAAGACCAUAGCACUACAAGAACCUUUUUGUGAGGUAACACUGCCACUUGGGACUAAAGGACCGCUAAACCUGCCUCUAGGGAUAACAAAUGAAGUGCACAUGCUGGACUAUUUCUUCCUCUUCCAAUGCCAAGAACCACCUGUCUUUGUUCCCUGUUGAAGUUUCUUUUCUGGAGGAAGCACAGACAUUCAAAGUUGUUAUGCAUCAGCGCCUCAGCAUCUCCUUGUUUAGUCACAAAGUUAUUUUGUAUUUGCAGAGACUGGUGGUUUAUGCAGCCUGAGCCUUAUUGCUGUCACGGAGUAAAUGCCAUGUUCAUACGGUCAGCGGGAAUGGAAAGUGCUCCGUGUUUCUCCCACAUGAGAGGUAUUGCACUACAGCCACCACCCAGAGUAUUCCUACCUUUAAAUAAAAGGGACAAGAUUUACUUUAUUCUCUACUCUAGUUUUUUGAAAAUUAAGAGAUUUUAAAAAGACAUUUUUAAGCUUUACGAGGAGAUAUGCAGUUAGUGUGUUUGUGUGUGAGAUAUACUGUACGUGGUGCCAAUAUUUGAAAUUAACGGAGGUGCGCUCGCUUCAUAUCGCCGGGUCAACACUUGAACUGCCGCUCAACGUGGCGACAGCAAGCAAUCUUCUUUUAUAGGUAUUCAGAAAUGUAUCCUGCUGUUUUUAUCAGAGUCUCGUGUGUGUUUGUGCGAGUGCCGUGAGACAAAGAGUCGCAUGUACUGUUUUAUAAGGACAGAGUGGUGUCAACUCAAGCCUUUUCCUGAGUUACAUGUUAAUGACAUGAUCUCUAAACCUAGCCGUCACUUAUCUGGACUCGAGCUGUGAGCAACGUGGGUCUAUAACAUCCUUUUUUAAACAGGAUAAUCAUGCAUGUUCCUAAGUGUCACUUCUGCUCUUUAAAGGAAUAGCUCAACAUUUUGGAGAAUACGUUUAUUAGCUGGCAUAAGAUCGAUAUCAAUCUCAUGCCAGAGCUAGAGUCUGGGUGUGUUGGCCUAGAUUAGCAUAGAGACAAAGCAGAUGGAAACAGCUAGCCUAGCUCUGUCAGAAGUUAAUAAAACUCAUUAAUAAAAAUGUUUUAGGUAAAGUGUUACACGCCUGGAUGAUGGUUCAACUGUCCAUCAAGAUAUAGUUUUGACUUUAGACUAACUACCUGGUUUCUCAAGGUUUCCAGUCUUUAUGCUACACUAGGCUAACAAUAUGAGCAAAUAAGCAAAUUUCCCAAAAUGUUGAACUACUUUCUAAACAUCACAUGACUUGAAUGAGUUCAAAGGGCAGUUAAAAUAUUAAUACAUCCUUCUAUUUUCAUUUUAGUCAAGCUAGGCCAGCAACUCCCACCUAUUUCAAGCUCUAGAGCUCCAACAAUUGCUAACUAUCUAGAAACAUGACCAGAAAAUGAUCUGAGAAGUUUUCCUUUGCACUUAACCCACCAAAACAAAAGCAUCUGAUCAGCUGUUCCCAGCAUCAAUGAGCAUCUGUUGAGUCUCUGUCGUGUUUUCAUAGCAAACGGAUGAGUUGUUGUAUCAUGUUGACUGCUGUGUGAACACACACCCUCACAGAUCCACCGACAACACACACAAAGUGAGAGUCCGACACGAAGCAGGAUCCAAACAGCCUUGUAGUAACGAGACGUGCCAGGCUUGGUGUUUUUAAAUAGUUAUAAAAGGUAUUUUAGGAACUGUAUGAGCAAUAUCAGGCUGUGGUCAGGUCACAGCUCGUAUAAAGGUGUACUCUUCAUAACACAUUCUACCCUGAGUCAAAGUUUAUAACGAUGAUUGGAUGUUACAUAUUCAAACCAUCGCUCUGAAUUUGUGCUGUCAGCCAGUGCAGAACUGUACCAAUUACCCAAUGCCCACAUCCAUAAAUCUCUCCCACUUCUGAUACUCAAAGUGUUAUUCAUAGCAUAGCAUCCUCCAAUUAAAGCGAUAGCAAUAUCUUCCUCAGUUAGGGACAAUAAGGGGUUAAGCUGAGGCCCUUUUUGGGAGUAAUGUGUGUGAUUGGUGUUGAUUGAUGUUGACAGUUACUUCAGAAACUUCCAAUACCAUAAACAGAUGUGUGUGUGCCUCUCUGUUGCAGUGUCCAAUAUCGCUUUUAACAUUAUAAUUAACACACAGACACAGGUAGCAUUGAUACACACCACUGAACAUGCCACUGCAAAGUUUCUCCAGUGUCCUUUCAUUUUCUCGUGACACUGCAAUGAGUAAAAUGAACCAUGUUUUUUAUUUUAAAUAAAUAGAUUUGUAAGAUGUA